AUGUAUCACAUACCUCGACUAUCAGAGAUGUUGUAUGUGGGCCUGUGUAAUGAGAUAGGGAGUCCUUCAGAAGUGAGGUUCAGGAGAGAAGUUAUGGACACUGUGGAGGUUGUGAAAAAACCUCUGUACAUCAUGAAGGGACUCUACACAUUGAAGAGUGGGAGUCAUCGUGAUGGAUUCAGACUGAUAACUUCAGAUGAAGAUUGGAUGUUAUGGGCUCCAGAACACAAGGUAAUCUGUGAUCUCUCUCAGAUCAGUCUUUAUCGUAUCCCACAGCACACUGUGAUCCUGAUGGAGUGUGAUGAUUUACCGCCGGGAUUUACCAGACUAAAUCUGUUAAGUCCAUUAAAUAAUGCAAAUACAUGUAUCAUAUCAUCCUGUGUAGCUAAGAAGAAAGAUAUAUAUAUUUCGAGUGCAUUAUUCCGCUUUAACAAUUUACAAUUCCUCCAGACCCGCCAUGCCUUCUUUGCUUCAUCGAUUCCUCAUGGGCCCUCAUCAAAUAUCAAAGAACUAGAUUAUGAAGGCGAUUAUGUGUUCUGCUUUCGGUCACACCACCGGCCAACAAUAGCUCUACCAUGGAUACAGAGAUGCCGACAACAAGGCUGGCCGUCAGGGAUUGUUGUAUCGGAUAUAAUAAGCGGAGGAUUCCAUGUUGUUCCUAUCGGCAGCACACCUGAAAAUGGGGAAGAAUGGAGAAUCUCAUUCUCUCAAGCAGAACAGAAGCUUGUGUAUUCAAUGAAUCACUGUCAGUUUUUGUGUUAUGGUCUUUUUAAAUUUUUCUUAAACGAAGUUAUUAAUUCUCAAAACAAUAACCCGGUUCUUUGUUCAUACUUCAUCAAAACAGUUGUGUUUUGGGCAAUUCAGAGUGAUAAUUCUUUGACUUGGAAUCCAGAUAACUUGUUGUCUCAUUUCUGGAAAUGCUUUAAAUUAUUGAUAUACUGGAUACGAAUCGGAGAAUGUCCAAACUUUUUUAUUCCAGAAAACAACAUGUUUAGAGUGAAAGUCAUCGGUUCUUUACAAACUUCAUUGUUCAGUCAGCUGUAUGAUUUGUAUUGA